AGUUCUGCACAAAGGAAAGUAGGAUAUGUAUCGUGUGUGUAAUUGAAUGUAUACGAAUCUUGACUAUGGCUUCUGAAGUUUGAAUAUAUGUUCGUGUUGGCGAUCCGAUCGGCGAUUUAAGGAUUAAUUAAUUCAAGUUAAUCAGCUCUCUGUUGGAUAGGCCUCGGAAUGGAUACACGUUUUCCUGGCCCACGAGGGCCAUACUCUAGCUACCAUGAGAGGGUUGUAUAUACAAAUAACAGUGCUGGUAGUGGGCCGUAUCAGAGAUUUGGUGAAAGAAUGCACAUACAGCCAGAUAAAGAACUAAAUGAUCUGCUUGACUUUAGUGCGUUCAACGAUCCAUAUCAUAAGAUGUUUUCCCCUCCGGUGAGUGCAGGAAUGAAGGCUCCUGGUCCAGGAAAUAUGGAAAUGUAUAAUGCAUACAAACAAGGUGAAGAAGUCGGGUCAUCGUGGUCACAGGGUCAUCAAGGGCAACCACCCGGGUAUAAUGAAUCCAGAAUGUUUUCAGACAAUCAGAAUUUCAACAAUGGUCAUCCAGAUAAUAUGCACCCAUUUGUAAAUAAUAAUGACAUUAUAAAUAAAAAUUCCGAUCUUCCAUACAGAACUUUCAACAGGGACAGUAUGACUCCUCAGAAUAUGAUGGGUAGUACAUCAAACAUACCUAUGUCACCAGAACAGUUAUCUCCACGGAAACAGAUGUCACCAUAUUACCAGAGUUUUAAACAGACCCCGAUGGAGGAGUCAAUAAGAGGUAGAAGAGGUAGUGGCCAGUCAAACACAAAAAGACCAAAAGGCUCGGUAUAUUCACCAAGCCCAGAUGACUAUGGACAGGAGUCACCGGGAAGGUCAUACACCUCACCAAAACCUAUGUACCCAGGAGACAACUAUUUUAUGGAUGGCCCUCCGCAGGGUUCCUCUAUACCAUGGUCUAAUGGUGGAUCGACCAGCACAUAUCCUGCCUCCAUGUUGCCUGGCAACUUCAGUCACUCACAAUCUUCCUCACAUAAUAACCUACAUCCCCAUGAAAUGGGCUAUCCCCAUCCAGUAUCACCAAACCAAGAUUUAUUAAAUUCUGGUCUUCCACCAAUGUCGACCUUCAGAGGUCAGCCAAUUCCUCCAUCAUCAGCCACUUACACAAAUUCAUCAUCAUCAGUAACCGCGGGCAACCAGGGUCAAGGUUCAUCACAAACUGGAGAUGCAUUAGGGAAAGCUUUAGCUUCAAUAUAUUCUACAGACCACACAAGCAGUAGUUAUGGUUCGAAUCCCUCCACCCCAGUGUCAUCCCCCUCCCCCAUGACAGGAUCAUCUAGCCAGUGGCAGAGACCAUCACAAAAUUCAUCUACCUCACCACAGUUUGAAGGGCCCUUACACUCAUUGGAGACAAAGGAGAGACAGUAUGUUUCCUACCCAGCUAUUAGAGGAAACGGGGGUCGUAUGGAGGAGAGGCUUGAUGAUGCUAUACAUGUAUUACGGAAUCAUGCAGAGGGCCAGAUGCCAGGGCUGCCGGGACAGGGGCAUUCUGGGAUGCCAGGUCAUAUGAUGUCAUCGUCACAUUCCAACGGAAUAAUGGGAAAUAUGGGAUAUAAUAAUAUGAUAGGACAUAGUGGUCAUGUGGAGUCGCCCCAUCUGGGAGGACCUCCCCCAUUGACAGAAUCUGGGUCACAGGGCAUGUCCAGUUCACACGACAGUCAGAAAACUUUAAAAACAGAAACACCAGCCGAACAUAAAGAGAUAGUGAAGGCGGAGAAACCCGAGGAUACGAAAAGUGAAACUUCCUCCGAGAGUAAAACCAGCAUCUCCACACCUGCAGAGAAAUCAAAACUAGCUCCACCACCCUCAAAACGAUCAAGGAAGCAGCAGAGCCAGGACGAAGGUUCUCGGAGUACCGGAGGCCUGCAGGGAGCCUCCAAUGAUGAUGAUGGUAGUGGGGAUGAAGACGAAUCACCGGAGACGAAAGCAGAGAGGGAACGAUUACGAAGGCAGGCCAACAACGCUCGAGAGAGCAGUACGGAUAAAGAGGAAAAGGAUCGCUAUAGGAGACAGGCUAACAAUGAUAGAGAACGAGUUCGGGUGCGAGAUAUCAACGAAGCGUUUAAGGAGCUUGGCUCCAUGGUAACAAUGCAUUGUGGGACCACACAACCACUGACAAAACUGAUGGUAUUACAGCAAGCCGUGAACGUUAUCACUACAUUAGAAUCUCAAGUUAGAGAGAGAAAUUUGAACCCUAAAGCAGCGUGUUUAAAACGCCGUGAAGAUGAGAAGUCGGAAGAUCUACCAGGUCGACCAAUGAAUGUAAAUGCUGAAGAUCUACAACAAGGCUCAAUGGGACCUAAGUGUCCCCCAGAUGUGAACAAACCGGGUGGUUGGUGGUAGCAAGGAGCAAUAUAUACAUAGCAUUAAUAUUGAUAGAAAUGUUGACUUGAACCUGUGCCUGUAUCACACUGGUAUUUGAUAACAAAAACAAAAUGAACAAUGAAAUAAUUAUAGACACAGGACGAAGUGACACGAGUGUGUAAGCCGUGGAUUAUAGUGUAAGAUCUCAGCAGCUGACUUGCCAUUCUGCACAGUGCGGGUACACACUCUUCUAGAGGUUGUACGUAUCUAAAAUAACCAUGUGAUCAAGUUGAACAAAAUAACAUGCUAUAUGGAAAGGUUGAAGAAAAGAUUGAUGAUAUUGUUGAGGUUGUAGAAGAGAGACGUGUAGUCACAGUCAUACCGGUCCUGCCAGUAUAAACUACAUUUCACUGGAAACCUUCGGAGAUUUCACAGUUUUCUUUAGAACACUUGAAAAAAAAAGGAAGUGUGGAAUGGGUAGAUAGUGUCUGUCUGUUAUAGGUUGAACACUAGAUGCCAGUCUGUACCAGUGUCAGUGUUGGACAAGGUUCUAAGGUAAUAAAAAUGUGUUCGAGGACCAGUCUGACAAUAUAACCUUGCCAUUGGUCAAAAUUUCAAAACUAUUUGGAAAAAACCCAGUGUAGAUUCUUGACUGACUCCAAUACAGUGGCAGUAAGUUCUGGUGAAGUUGCACACACUUGUGAGAAUGUUGGACGUUACAAUAUAUGUUAAUGGUUGUAACGUUUUGGAAACAAGUGUAACACUUUCUGUAGAGAGUGUAACAUCUGUGCUGAACUGGGGAGGAAUAGCACUGGUAUUGAAAGAACAAAUACUAUUCCCAAAGGAUGGAGUCUGUAGCUAAGAGUUUGUAUAGAAGUGGUAUCGAUGUGUAUAUACAAGAUGUAUGCAUAAAUGUUUGUAUAGAAGUGGUAUCGAUGUGUAUAUACAAGAUGUAUGCAUAAAUGUUUGUAUAGAAAGUGGUAUCGAUGUGUAUAUACAAGAUGUAUGCAUUAAUCUUUAAGGAGGGAUUAGUGCUUCAUAUUUAGUGGUCAGGAAACGUGAUUGUUUUCUGAGUAGGAGGUUGUAAAAACUGUUGUAAAUAUAUUAUUUCAUUAAUGAUUUUCUUUUAUUUACAGAGAUUAUUUUAAUUAAAUUUUUGGUCAGCAGUAUGAAUUGACUAUGAUGACAACUUGAGGGGAUUGAUCUGUCUUACAUUUUGCUGUUAAACUUACAAGGCAUUGUGCAAUGCUUUCAAAUGAAACUUUACAUCUCGCUUACCAUACUUGAAGUGAUCGGCAAAAAUCUUACAUUAUUUAUGUACUAUUUAAUUUAUUUAAUAAUGUAUAAUAUAAAGUGCUAACCAUUUAGAUCUUCCAUUCUGUAAGUCUGUGCCAUACUGUUUAUACUGUAGGGUAGAGAUAUCGCAUUACUUCCAGCUAAAACCUGGUAGAACAGUCUUCAUUUAGAAACCAGAAAAUAAAAACUUGUGGAAGAUCGGGUAUAUAUCACAUUGCUUUUAUUUUUGCGACUUGAUACUCAACCACCAUUUACCUAUUGUUAAAAAUUUGUGACAUGUAACAUGAUACUUUGAUAAUUGACAUACCCCACCCAGUUUCAAAUAUUAAGUACAGUGAUUGACAGAUUUCACUGUAUAUGCCUUUCAUCUGUUUAUGACCUGUUGUGUUAAAAACAUGUACAUAAAUCUGACAGGAAAAUUCACAUUUAAAGAAUACAGCACUUAACACAUUGGAACAUGAUCAGAUUUUCAAAUUGUAAAGUUAUUUAGACAGUGGACUCAAGAAACUAUAUUCACAGUUUAAUAAAACUGUUGUGAUUAGCUGAGGAAAAGUAUAAGUCCAUUUAGAAGUCUGGCAUUAAACCUGUCAUGAAUUAUUUAUUGGUGAUUUCCUCUUUUGUUUGACCAAUAAUUUUUCAGAUAGGGAGGAGGGGUUGAAAGUAUAUUGACCUUGCUCAUUUAUUUGAUAAUUAUAUUGUUACAUGUAGUUGGCUUUCAGUUCAUUUGUCUGAAUUUUCUAAAUUUAUCAAGCUGUAUUGAUCUUGAAUGAAUGUGAAAACAGGCUUUACAAAAUUGAUCUGAAUUGAUUGUAAAAAAAGUGAAAAGAUUUUAUUUAUGGUAGCUCCACAUAUAUAUAAAUUUAUUGUCCAACCAGUAGCACAAUAUUACAUUAACUUUCCAUUGGGUUUUCUAUCUUAAUUUGCUGUUUUUAAUAGGUCCAUUAAAUAUAGAAAAAAAAGUUUCCAAUACACAGUCACUUCGAGUUAACAGACUUUUUAUUUGAUUAUAAAUCAAUGUCUUAUUUUUGUUUACAACUAUUCUCUGUGUAUAGGGGUAUGUACUUUAUACAUUAUAUAAAUCACAUAUUUGUAUUUUGAAUAUGCCAACAUGCACCUUUUGGUAAAUGUUUUCAUCAUCUUGGCAGUUUAUAACAUAAAGUGUGCAAACUGGAUUUUGCAAUGCAAAUAAGAGAGGAAAUAAGAAUUUGAAUAUAUGAAGGAACAAAGACAUGAAUUACAGUAGAAUAAUUUUCAAUUGGGUAUGAAGUGCAAAAGUUUGUUUCAUUUAUGUUUGGAAGCCAUCAGUGAUCACAUAAUUUAAACAUGCCCUUGUAUUUCGUAUCAAAAUGAAAACUAUAUACCCACAAAUUGUAUCAUAUUUAAACGCACAUUCUGUGAACAAUAGUGUUGUAAUAAUGGCGGAACGCUUUUGAUGGAUAAAGUGUACCCUAUCUAUUUAUACAUGUUGAUUAAAAAUUUACUACAUGUGAAUAAUUUACAUACAACUUUACAUGGAAUGAAAUACGUACGUGACUAUAUAUGAUUUCAGAUUUUUAUCAAUGUAUGUAUAUAUAGUAACGAUCUUUGUUCAGUGUCUGAUUAUAAAUAAGUGCCUCUAUUUGUUGUGAGAAAUUUGUUAUUUAUGUGUAUUAAUAUAUAUACAAAAUGAAACACAGUUGCUGUAUAAAUGAGUUGAAAAUAGGGAAUACAUGUACACCAUUUUCAUCAGUUCAUUGUGUAUAUGGAAAUAUGCUAACAGUUGUUUUGUAUGGAAAUAGCUAACAGUUGGUAAACAUGAAAAAUAAGCACAUGUCUAUACCAGUUCUACCUGUUAAACAUUCUAGCAGUAUAUUUCCCUUUCUUGGUAUAGAUCCUUGUAGUUUUACUAAGAUAUUGAUGCCAAAACAUGUUUCAUUGUAUCGGAACUUCCAUCAGAAUGUAUAAAUUGGGGUCAUUUUGUUACUGUGUUAAAAUAGUUGACAAAAUGCAAAGUACUUGGUAAAUUUAAUAUAUGUGAAUUGUUUUCUUACAUGUAUACAUUGUACACCAUAAAGGAUAAAAACAGAUUUGAUUAAUGUAUUAUUAGCUGCAUUGCCAAAAGAAUAUGUCGAUACAGAAUCUACUUACUUUUGAGGAAUUAAAUGAAGUGGGCUUCAGAUAUUCAGGGUUCAGUUUUUGCCAAAAUAUUAAUAGUCUCAAUAAAUGAACAUUUUUUGAUAGAAAUAUUUUUCUAUCUGGUAUAGAUAGACUGUAAAACCAGUUACAGUGUAAUUUUGUCUGUUUUGUUUGUUGCUUGUUAAAAAAAAAUCUGUUCUUCCAUGUGUAACUUUUAUAUUUCUGUAAAAUAUGUCGGUUUGAUAACUUUUUUCCCAUUCUUUUUCUACUCUGAGUGAAUUAAAAUGAAGUUUUUGACUUAGUAUAGAAAACUAAAGUUGUCUGUCUUAGUUUAAGUAAGCAUGAUACGUAUGUAUUUAUUAUGUCUCCCCAGGAGACAUAUUGUUUUUGCCCUGUCCGUCCGUCUGUCCUUCCGUCCGUCCGUACGUCACACUUCAUUUCCGAGCAAUAACUGGAGAACCAUUUGACCUAGAACCUUCAAACUUCAUAGGGUUGUAGGGCUGCUGGAGUAGACGACCCCUAUUGUUUUUGGGGUCACUCCGUCAAAGGUCAAGGUCACAGGGGCCUGAACAUUGAAAACCAUUUCCGAUCAAUAACUAGAGAACCACUUGACCCAGAAUGUUGAAACUUAAUAGGAUGAUUGGUCAUGAAGAGUAGAUGACCCCUAUUGAUUUUGGGGUCACUCCGUCAAAGGUCAAGGUCACAGGGGCCUGAACAUUGAAAACCAUUUCCGAUCAAUAACUAGAGAACCACUUGACCCAGAAUGUUGAAACUUCAUAGCAUGAUUGGUCAUGAAGAGUAGAUGACCCCUAUUGAUUUUGGGGUCACUCCGUCAAAGGUCAAGGUCACAGGGGCCUGAACAUUGAAAACCAUUUCCGAUCAAUAACUAGAGAACCACUUGACCCAGAAUGUUGAAACUUCAUAGCAUGAUUGGUCAUGAAGAGUAGAUGACCCCUAUUGAUUUUGGGGUCACUCCGUCAAAGGUCAAGGUCACAGGGGCCUGAACAUUGAAAACCAUUUCCAAUCAGUAACUAGAGAACCACUUGACCCAGAAUGUUAAAACUUCAUAGGAUGAUUGGUCAUGAAGAGUAGAUGACCCCUAUUGAUUUUGGGGUCACUCCGUCAAAGGUCAAGGUCACAGGGGCCUGAACAUUGAAAACCAUUUCCGAUCAAUAACUAGAGAACCACUUGACCCAGAAUGUUGAAACUUCACAGGAUGAUUGAUCAUGAAGAGUAGAUGACCCCUAUUGAUUUUGGGGUCACUCCGUCAAAGGUCAAGGUCACAGGGGCCUGAACAUUGAAAACCAUUUCCGAUCAAUAACUAGAGAACCACUUGACCCAGAAUGUUGAAACUUCAUAGGAUGAUUGGUCAUGCAGAGUAGAUGACCCCUAACGAUUUUGGGUUCACUCUAUGAAAGGUCAAGGUCACAGGGGCCCGAACAUUGAAAACCAUUGCCGGUCAGUAACUUGAGAACCACUUGACCCAGAAUGAUGAAACUUCAUAGGAUGAUUUGUCAUGCAGAGUAGAUGACCCCUAACAAUUUUAGGGUCACUCUGUUAAAGGUCAAGGCCACAGGGGCCUGAACAUGGAAAACCAUUUCCAAUCAAUAACUUGAGAUCCUCUCGACCCAGAAUGUUGAAACUUCAUAGGAUGAUUGUUCAUGCAGUGUAAAUGACCCCUAUUGUUUUUGGAGUCACUCCGUUAAAGGUCAAGGUCACAGGGGCCUGAACAUUGAUAACCAGUUCCGAUGAAUAACUUGAGAACCACUUGACCCAGAAUGUUGAAACUUCAUAGGAUGAUUGAACAUGCAGAGUAGAUGACCCCUAUUGAUUUUGGGGUCAGUCUAUUAAAGGUCAAGGUCACAGUGGCCUGUUCAUGUAAAAUCAUUUUUUGGAAAUAACUUGAGAACCACUUGACCUACAAUGUUGAAACUUAAUAGGAUGAUUGGACAUGCAGAGUAGAUGACCCCUAUUUAUUUUGAGGUCACUUGAUCAAUGUCACAGGAGCUUGAACAGUGACUUGAGAACCACUAGGCCAGGAGUGUUGAAAUUUAGCGGGAUGACUGGACAUGCCAAGUAGAUGAUUCUAUUUGCAGCCAACCAUCAGUGUCUCUUUGACUUUCGCUCCUGACCCCUAUUGACUUCUUGCCUAUAGGACUUUGCAUUGGGGGAGACAUGCGCUUUUUUACAAAAGCAUUUUCUAGUUGAUCACUUAUUUUAGAGAGUCUGAAAUUGAACAGUAAGAUUUGCUGAUAAUUGAGAUAAAGUCACUUUCAGGAAGUCGGUGAAAUUUUCCUUCUUGCUAGAAUAAUAUUACUUGAUUAAUUAUUUAUAAGACUUUGUUUGUUUUUUUUCCCAGAAGUUAGGUAUAUUUAAGUAUCUGAUAAAUAUACUUAUUAGCUCACCUGUCACAUAGUGACAAGGUGAGCUUUUGUGAUCACCCUUCGUCCGUCGUCUGUGCGUGCGUCCGUCCGUCAACAAUUUCUUUUCUGCACAAUAGUGGUUUCAUUUAUGAUUUUAUUUUAACCAAACUUGCACACAACUUGUAUCACCAUAAGAUCUCGGUUCCUUUCUUGAACUGGCCAGAUCCCAUAAUGGGUUCCAGAGUUAUGGCCCCUGAUAGGGCCAAAAUUAGCUAUUUUGACCUUGUCUGCACAAUAGCAGCUUUAUUUAUGAUUUGAUUUUUACCAAACUUGCACACAACUUGUAUCACUAUAAGAUCUGAGUUCCUUUCUUGAACUGGCCAGAUCCCAUUAUGAGUUCCAGAGUUACGACUCCUGAAAGGGCCAAAAUUAGCUAUUUUGACCUUGUCUGCACAAUAGCAGCUUCAUUUAUGAUAUGAUUUUCACCAAACUUGCACAAAACUUGUGUCACCAUAAGAUCUCGGUUCCUUUCUUGAACUGGCCAGUUCCCAAUAUGGGUUCCAGAGUUAUGGCCCCUGAAAGGGCCAAAAUUAGCUAUUUUGACCUUGUCUGCACAAUAGCAGCUUCAUUUAUGAUAUGAUUUUAACCAAACUUGCACACAACUUGUAUCACCACAAGAUAUUGGUUCCUUUCUUGAACUGGCCAGAUUCCAUCAUGGGUUCCAGAGUUAUGGCACCUUAAAGGUCUAAAAUUUGCUAUUUUGGCUUUUGCAGCCAUAUGGAGACUUCAUUUGUGGUUUGAUUUGAUACAAACUUCCAAAAUAUCUUCAACAACAAUAAAUCUUGGAUUCCAUGAUAAAUCUGUCAGAUCCAAAAAUUAUUUUAUGUCUGAUUACCUCCCCUGAUUGUAAUCAAAAUGGAUUUAUAUCAGUAGGUCCUUAUAGGACUUAUUUGAAAUUUCAUUAUUGUCAUUAGUUGGACUGAGACAAUCAGGGUAGAUAAAUAUGGACUGAUUUUAUGUCAAAUUACCUCCCUUCAUUUCAAAUUAAAAUGGGUAUUUCUCUGUAACUAAUGAAGAUACUGAUCUGAAAUUUCAACAGAUGGACUUGGACAAUCAGUGAAGAUACAUAUUGACUGAAUUUAUGACAAAUUACCUCCCUUUAUUUUUUAUCUAAAUGAAUACACCUUAGCAGCUUCUAUUGAGAUUGGUUUGAAACGAUCAUAUCAUUUUGAGCAGUGGUACUCAGGUGAGCGAUAUAGGGCCAUCAUGGCCCUCUUGUUUUAUAAAAUGAUUUGUAAAAUCAGGAAAUUAAAUUUAGAUAUUGUGAUUUUAAGCUGACAAAAACUAUUAUAUAUAAUAUCAGAAUGCACAGUUAAUUUAACGAACAUUAGACUGUUACAGAACAAAAUAUCUGAAUUCUUGCUUUAUACACUGAACAAAAUUACUAACAACUCCGCUAAACUGUAGGAAUUUGCAUAGCCAAUUUGUUAUUAUUUUUUCAAAUCAACAUGAAAUUAGAAGUACAUGAUUGUAGCUGUAAUGUUUUCAUGUUAAUUGAACUGCCAGUAAGCUUUAAUAUAACUGUCUCGUGAAGUCAGCUUCAAAUCAGCUUCAUAAAACAAUAAAAUUACUAUAGAGAUCAGAAAUAUGGUGAGAAUAACACAUUAAUUUUGUGAAGUUUGUCUUGAGGUUUUUGGAAAUGUAUGCAAAAAAACAUUUUUGUGGAUAAAAGAAAAGUAGACCUGAAUUAUAAUGAAUAUAAAUUAAUUUUCAGCCAAAAUGUCAGAGUGCAUGUGCAGAUUCUUUUGAACUUAGCAAAAUGUAAAACCAGCAUUUAAUUUUAUUACAUAGGAUAAUAAAGUUUUAGUUUAUAUUUCCUUUCUUCGAAGUACAUUAAAUCGUUGUUGAAAAUUAAAGAGUUAUUAGCUGUUUUGGUCAGUGCAUAGUAACUCAUUUUGAUUGAUGCAGGAAAAAUUGACUUUGACAAGACAUGAUUGUAUUCUUUAUUCUCUGGACAGACUCAUUAAAGAGUUUUGUUCUACUAUUUAGUUUUACCUUCAUAAAAGAGGUUAUAAAAACAGCCUAAUAGUGUGUUUCACUGACUGUCACUGUAUAAUAAGGUGAAGUUAUAUGCUGUUCUAGCAAAACCCAGACAAAUAGAAACUAAAUUGUAAUUGAAUUCUGAUAUUUCAGAUGUUUCACAAAAUGUAUCAGAAUUCCUUAGACAGAACCUUUUUUUUUUCUUUCUUUUUUUUUUCAAGAAAGAUUGAGGUAUUCAUGUAUUAUGAUGCAGAUGAGGGGUAUUUUUUGCACUUGAUAAAAAAUUAGUUAUUGUCACCUGCCAAAAUUCUUCAACUACAGAAAAGUACUGUUUUAAUAUUAGUUAAGAAUUACAGUUGCACAAGUAUGAAAAUAUUAAUGUGUUAUAAGAUUAAAUGAUCUUACAUAACAACUGUGGUAGUGUGUCAAGAAUUAAGAAUGUUUGACCUUUACAUUUCAUAUUCAUUUCAUGAAUGAGUAGUUAUAGUUAAUGAACAAUAUAUUUCAUGUUCGUUCCACAUAAAUAUGUGCACAAUGUGGAAUAAACAAUAAAUUUUAUAUUACAGAA